AUGACUCUGCCUUCUCCCACUCCAGAAACACGUGAAUCUUUGCAAUUGCAAAAAGACCAGUUUGCUCACAAAAUCUUAGCAGACCUUAAAAUAAAGAUUCACGACAAAGAUAUCAAAUUUGAAUUUAUGGAAAUCAGCCGGAAUGAUUCAAUGAAGUCAACUGUUUCCAAAAUUCAAUCUUCCACCAAACUCUUGCCCUUUGACGCCAAGAAAGAAUUGACAACUUCUAAUGUGGAUUCAAAGGAAUCGCUGAGUAAAGAUGGUGUGAUUUUGUUGAAAGGAUUUAGUCGAGACAUUCAAAAGCUUGUAUCCAUUGUUGAGAUUGUCAAAUCACAAGGAAAUAAAAAACUUUAUCAGUACAAUCGACUCUUGAAGUACCUGACAAAAGUAUAUCCGUACCAAAAGAAGAGGAAGAUCGAAGAUACGGAAGAUAAAGGAGGAGAUGAAACAAAGAUGAAGGAAGGGGAAGCAAUAAACGUUUUGAACGUUGCUGCUAAUGAGCUUGAGGAAGAGAAAGAAAAGGAGAAAGAGAAGGAGAAGGCAAGGCAGGAAAUUAGAGGUGGAAAAACUUACGAUUUACCAGUAUUGUAUGUCAUCUUGAGUCUGAGUGAUUUGAAACAGCAUUUGGAUACGACAUGGACGAUACAAAGUUGA